AUGUGCGGCUUAUCAAGUGAAAAUCCACUCGAAGUGCAAAUAAAACUUAUAAGAAAGUAUUUAAAGUUGAAAAUAAUGGCGGAUAACGUUUCAUUCCGAGGUCAUAGCCAGGAAAGAAAUCAUAUUUAUGAUUUGUUUAAAAGGACUGUUUCUCACGGUGAAUCUCAUUCUGCUCUGAUGCUUGGACCCCGAGGUUGUGGUAAAACUACUCUCAUAAACUCAGUUCUACAUCAGAUCAGCAAGGAGGUAGAUUUAUCAAAUGACGCUAUCAUAGUCAAGCUGAACGGACUCAUACACCAUGAUGAAAAGAUUGCAUUGAAAUCCAUUACUGCUCAGAUGCAACUGGAAAACGCAGUAGGUGACCGAGUAUUCGGUACAUUUGCUGAGAACCUGGCGUUCUUGCUGAGCUGUCUACAAAGCGGUGCGGACCGGCGCUGCAAGAGCAUGCUGUUCAUAUUGGAGGAGUUCGACAUGUUCUGUCACAGCGGGCGCACUCAGACACUUCUGUAUAAUCUAUUUGAUAUUACGCAUAGUGAACAGGCUCCUAUGUGUGUAUUUGGUGUAACAAACCGGCUAGACGUAAUGGAGUUACUGGAGAAGAGAGUCAAGUCCCGCUUUUCCCACCGACAUCUCUUCAUAUUCCCCAACGAGCACGACUCACAGAGGGCGCCACAGUACAAGUAUAGAGAUGUGCUAGUACAGCUACUGAGUCUGCCUGUACAGAAGACGGUUAAGAAGAAAGCUAGGAGUCGUAGGAAUACUGUUUCAGAAGAAUUAGAAACGGACACAGUUCUGGAAAACUCUCUGCCUCCACACAUCCUGGCCCGCUAUCCAGACUUUGAGCAUCUGAAUCCAGAUUUCAUUCUGGAUUGGAACCAGCACAUUGAAGGCAUGGCCGAGGAUUACAAAGUGAUUGAUACUCUAGAGAAAUUAUGCUAUUACAGUGUCAAUGAACAGAUAUUUAGAAAUAUUUUGUUUGAACUAGUAUCAAAAUUGUCCUGCGACAGUCCAUACAUAGACGCUACAGAUCUAUCAGCAAUCAUAGACAAGACCGUUGCGCCGGAGCAUAGAGUAAAGCUCCUCCAAUCAUUGUCUAUACUCGAGUUGUCUUUGGUCAUCGCUAUGAAACAUGGUAUGGAGAUAUUUGACGGACAACCCAUGAAUUUUGAAAUGGUUUUGCAUAGAUACACGAAGUUCGCGAACUCAAACUCAUCAACACAGACAGUACCUCGUCCAGUCAUACUAAAGGCGUUCGAACAUCUACAAGAACUAGAAAUCAUAAUGCCAGUCAAAACCACAGAUUCAAUAUAUAACGGAAGUGAAACCACAGCCAAUAGAGUGCAAAAAGAAUAUAAGUUGUUCACUCUGGCCGUACCAAAUGAAGAUAUAAGUGAUGCCGUGAAGAAUUUCAAAGCGUUGCCAACUGAAAUUAAUCAUUGGUUCAAUAAUUCUGUUGUUUGA